CGUUUCUACCGUUAUUGUUCAUGCCACUCUCAACUUCAGAGAGAGUUCUACUACCCGGAAAAUGGGUUUCGAGUAGAGCAUUGAACGUUUCCGAUUUGGAAAUGGUGUAUGAACCAUCAGGUUUUCGAAUGGAAUCCAGCCUUACUGAGCGGUCUAGAUGUAAGAAGUUUUCUGGAUCGUACACGAAGCUUCGACAGUUUAGGGUUCCACCAAGGAACCCCUGUCUACUUUGCAUGAGUGGGCACUAUUCCUCAAAGCAAUUGAUUAAUGUACCUUCUAAUUAUUCAGGUUUGGUGAUCACUCUGUUACAAGCUCACCAUACCUGUCCAAGUCCACAUUUCGAGGAUUUCUACCAGAAGGCAUUGAUAUGGUAUCAAUUCCCAGUCGGAAUUCGAUAAGACGAUGAUCAGAAAGAGAGUCCUCUUUCGAAACUCGCCAUCGGCUUAUUGGAUUUCCAACUGACCUAUUGGUAAGUGUUAAAUCAAUCCCGUCUUGUCGCCUUUUGGUCACAAAAGUUGGUUUGUUACCAGUGUUUUGAAUGACCAAUUCAGAUGACAGAUGACCGUACACGAAGCUUCGACAGUUUAGGGUUCCACCAAGGAACCCCUGUCUACUUUGCCUGAGUGGGCACAGUUCCUCAAAGCAAUUGAUUAAUGUACCUUCUAAUUUCUCAGUAGCAUCUUCAAUCAUUUCUAUUGAUUUGAGUUUUUUCAGGCUUGGUAAUCGCUCUGUUAGAAGCUCACCAUACCUGUCCCAGUCCACAUUUCGAGGACUCCUACCAGAAGGCAUUGAUAUUGUAUCAAUUCCCAGUCGGAAUUCGAUAAGACGAUGAUCAGAAAGAGAGUCCUCUUUCAAAACUCGCCAUCGGUUGACUUGAUUUCCAACUGACCUAUUGGUAAGUGUUAAGUCAAUCACCUCUUGUCUCCUUUUGGUCACAAAAGUUGGUUUGUUACCAGUGUUUUGAAUUACCAAAUCAGAUGACAGGAUAAAAUCCAGUAACUUGAGACCUCUGGGGUUACAUUUGCUGCUUCCCUAUACAAUUUUCUGUGUAUUUGCAUCACAGCCCACUAUUAGCCCCAGAUUAUUGGAUUCUGCAUACUUGACUACUUCUCUUAAUUCCCUCGAAACAGGUGGCUGUAAAGAGUCGUAGGGUAGGUAGGCCGAAACUAUGAUAGCUUCGACACUGUUCCCACUCUUCCAGUACUUUAUUUUUGCAACAACGAUAUCCCCGGAUCAUAGCUCUUUUAAAAUCGUGUGUUCGAUCAACCUCGGCACGAUAAUAGGUGCUCGCGGUCUCACAUUCCUUCAUAAUGAAGCAUUUGUCCCCAAGACAUAGCAGUUAGACCGCAGAUCCGCUUGUGGCAUACCCAUUGUUCUUGUAUUAGUAUUAUGUGUGAGCUUGUUUGCAGUUUUGCAUGCCUACGGCACAGGAGAGCCGUAGACGUGAUACUGAGUAUAUUUACGCUUUGUCCUCCACCUUAUCCUGGACACGAAAAUGAAUUCACCCCAGAUGUAAGUGAGGACGGCACCCGUACCUCGAUUUAAGCACCUUGAGAGACCCAAGAUCGGUAUUCAGUACCAGGUGGGAGCUCGCCUAGCCUUUCUUUCCUACUCUCAACAAGAAUGAACUUGCUGUUUUCGCAGGCUGGAAUUUUUGCUAUCUCUUUUUCCAGUUAUUCUCGGGAAAAGCAUUGGGACAGUGCACCUUUACGAUGCCGUCCAUAGCUUUCCAAAGAUAGCUGUUGCCCUUUGUACAGUAGACCGUCUUGUUUGCCGGUAUGUAUCUCUACCGUCAUUGCCGUUGUUGCCAUUCUCGCGAAUGAUUCGCCAGACGUUGACGGAAGAGUGUCAUUCGACAUUUGAGAUCCCGUAGCCUUUGCCUUGUCAGGUAUAGGUUUGUCUGCCGUGGAUUGGGUCGAGGAUGCAGGCAUUCCCGAUGUCCGUCUCUCGACUUUCCUCUUCUUUGCCUUUCUCCUCUUCCCGGUCGUUGAAACAGACCCCGUUUCGUUUCCGGAAAUCCUGUGUUCUGCCACUUGAGCUUGAGUACUUACCUUAGCUAAUGCUUCGGUUCUCUUCGCCUUCUGUUUUCUUCGUUUGAUCUCCCUUGCAUAUAGACCAACAGGAAUCUCCAAUAACUUCAGUCUUUUCACCGGUAUUUACCUGACUUGCACCAGGAUUGACCGUUGUCAAAGACUUACUCGGUACCAGAGAUUCUUCUGAGUCUACAGAGAGAUUGUCCGCCAUCUUCACAUCCUCCACAACUUGUUCAGUUGCUUCGGAUCGUUUCGACGACGGUGUAUCGCUCACACUCACUCGGCUCCCCAUUGGGUAAGUAAUAGUAAGUAAUAACCGAGCAACAAUCUCGAACAAAAAUUAUUUUGUAUGUGCCAGUAUUGGCACCCUAUUUCCACUCAAAUAGGCUGUCCGUCUCCUUUUUACAUAAAGUAAGGAGUAUCGUGUCGAGUUAUAAAGGGCCUAAUGUCGGCUUUGCUCGAAUACACAAAAGGCUUCUCGAAAUACGAACAGUGGGCAAAAAUUGUUGAAUUUUGAUACAAAUUAUUUCCUUAGUGUUGUAGACUAUGCAGAAUCCUUGAUAUUCGGGUUUGUGUUUUUUGGUUUUUCACAGCUUUUAUAUUUCCGAUAAAAUUAAGUCUAAAAUGAGGGCAUGUUUUUUGGAGCAUUUCAAUAAUCCAAAUAUGUCCAUAUUUUGGAAACCAAAAUUAUUUAUUUGUGCCCGCUCAGACGACACUGUGCGACGCAGCCAAGCAAGUUCUGCGCCGGCGCAAAUAGCAGGCGAUUUGCUAAAAACGCUCGAAUUUGUUGUUUUUAAACAAAAUGUAUAUUUAAACACAGACACACUAGAGACAAAAAAAAAUCAGUUUCAAUUUUCAUUUUUUUUAAGUUAAUAUCUAACUUCACGGCUACAUUACUUAUUUCGUACAUUUUCUAUUAAUUGGAUAAUCCCAUACGUGAAGACAUAUCUUAAUUAAAAAUGUAUCUUAUUUAUUCUAUACUUUUAAUAGUACAAAGUGUCGAAAGCGUAACCAUGUUUUAAGCUAAUGACAGCUUAAGUAUACACUAUUAAUGCUGAAAACAGUGAACGACGUAAACGCAGUCCCCUGGCAGCUGUUACGAUCAAACUAAUAUUACGUUUCCACCAAAAGCAAACACCGUGUUUGCAGGAGUUGUGUUUGGGAGAACUGUCAACUGUUUCCACCAGAAGUUUGGGAGAAAUUGUGUUUGAACUGUCUUUUGUUGACAUUGUGAAAUAAAAAUUAUAAAAAUUGAUAAAAUUAUAAAAUGGUGCAUAAAAUUCAAUUUGUUAUGUUGAUUUUAUCAUUUUAUUUUAAAAUAAUUGAUAGUGAGUUGGUCACAUAUUAUUUAAAAAAAAGGUUAAGGGAAAAUAAAAUAAUUUUAAGCGUUACUGCCAAUUUAAUGCGUUCGCAAAGUGUAUGGUCUUUGGUAUGGUAAACAGAUUUAUCAUACAUUAUUUGUGUAUAAUGUACAUGUAUAUUUUAGGAACAUUCCAGUACCUUUUGGGAAGUAGACUGCCAGAGUAAUGGGGACAAGUUUUUCAAAGAUAAUUUCCGAAUGGAAAGAUCCUGCUUUGAAAAAUUGUGCAGCAAACUUGAAAAAAUAGCCAAAAGAAAAACGAACUAUCGAAACCCGAUUUCACUAAAAAAGCGCGUGGCAAUUGCUCUGUAUGCACUAGGAUCUUCUAGUGAAUACAGAUCAAUUGGACAUUUGUUUGGAGUAGGCAAAGCAACUGUUUGCAAAAUACUCAUCGAGUUUUGCAAUGAAGUUGGGACAUCUUUGGCUCCAAUAUAUUUGAAAAAUUUUCCACUGACAAGGGCGCAAAUUGAGCAAUAGGUAGGUUUAUAAGUAAUGCGAUAAAAAUAACGUUUAAUCAAAAGCAUCUUUAUUAUACAGAUGGAUGUCAUAUUGAAAUUCAUCCAAGAAAGGAAGAAGCCAUUGAUUACUACAACUACAAAGGGUGGUAUUCCGUAGUACUAUUGGCUUUGGUAGACGCAAAAUAUAGAUUUGUUUAUAUACAUUGCGGCAGUCCUGGAAGAUGCAACGACUCCGGAAUUUUUGAAAAAUCAUCGCUAAAGCGCGAGUUGCAAAGUUGUGCACUUCUUGAUGAAUUGAGCUUGCUGUAUGGAUCCACAAAAAUACCAGUCCAUAUUAUAGGGGACUCUGCUUUUCGUCUCUCUCAGCAUUUAAUGAAGCCAUAUCCGCAUAGUGUGACCAAUACACCCGAACCAAAAAAAUUCAACUAUAGAUUGUCUAAGUGCCGGCGUGUUGUGGAAAAUGCUUUUGGCCAUUUAAAAGCCCGAUUUAGGAGAAUUGGAAAAGGCGUGGAUAACCACAUCAAAAAUGUAAACACAGUUAUUUCAUGUGCAUGUGUUUUACAUAAUUUUUUGAUUGCUGAGAAGGAUUUAAUUUUGGAAAAUUGGCGAGUGGAAAUGCAUCGCGAUUCCAGGCGCAAUAUUCAAUACGGCACCAAUGCAGUUGACCGAUCUGAAGGAGAAUCGAUAAGAAAUGCGUUAAAGGAAUAUUUCAGUGCGGAAGCUUCGUUCAGUGCUGGAGACGAUGGUGGCGAAAAUGAAAACGAAGCAGACGGAGCAGCUGAAAAUGAGGAGCAUGAAGGUGAUAUCGGCGAAUUUGGUGGAGCUGGCGAAGCAACCGAAUCAGGCAUGCCUACAUAUAUAAAUAGAAAUUAACAUUAUACAAUUAGAUGUAAAUACAAAUAAAAUUACAUAUAUAAAUAAAAGAAAUACCUGUUAUACUAUCAACAACGACCGCAUCAACAUUAUUUACUCUAUCCCUUCCUAUUAUUUGAUGAACCCUCCGAUAGUGCUUCCAAGAAACAGGAGAACAUCCUGUCCCCUGCUCUGCUUUGCAUUUUCUGCAAAGGAAAUUUUGAGGCUGUAACAAAAUUACUUUAAUGAAAUAAUAUAUUAUAUGCCUUACCUAUAUUUCAUUGUGAAAUUGUGAAUUUUAUAUUUAACGUCAACUGGACGGACCUCAUGUCCAAGCACUCCCAGCGACUGAGCCAUCUCCGCAUAUAU